GCGGGGCAGGACGGAGCAGAGCGCCGGGCGGGGGCGCGGCGCCGGCUUGCGUGGGCCGGCGAGGAGCCGAGAGGCCGCGACCGCAUCAUCCCUGAGGAGUAUGUGCUGACGCGGCUAGCAGAGGACCCCGCGGAGCCCCGGUACCGAGCCCGAGAGCGGAGGGCCCGCUUCGUGUCUAAGAACGGCAAUUGCAACGUAGCCCACAAGAACAUCCGAGAGCAGGGCCGAUUCCUGCAGGACGUAUUCACCACGCUGGUGGACCUCAAGUGGCCACACACGCUGCUUAUCUUUACCAUGUCCUUCCUGUGCAGCUGGCUGCUCUUUGCCAUGGUCUGGUGGCUCAUUGCCUUCGCUCACGGUGACCUGGCCCCUGACGAGGGCACCGUUGUGCCCUGUGUCACCAGCAUCCACUCUUUUUCCUCUGCUUUCCUUUUCUCCAUUGAGGUCCAGGUGACCAUUGGUUUUGGCGGGCGCAUGGUGACCGAGGAGUGCCCGCUAGCCAUCUUGAUCCUCAUUGUGCAGAACAUCGUGGGGCUCAUGAUCAAUGCCAUCAUGCUGGGCUGCAUCUUCAUGAAGACGGCCCAGGCCCAUCGGCGGGCCGAGACCCUCAUCUUCAGCAAGCACGCUGUCAUCGCAGUGCGCCACGGCCGCCUCUGCUUCAUGCUGCGCGUGGGUGACCUCCGCAAGAGCAUGAUCAUCAGUGCCACCAUCCACAUGCAGGUGGUGCGCAAGACCACCAGCCCCGAGGGCGAAGUGGUGCCCCUCCACCAGGUGGACAUCCCCAUGGAGAACGGUGUGGGGGGCAACAGCAUCUUCCUCGUGGCUCCUCUCAUCAUCUACCACGUCAUUGACGCCAACAGCCCACUCUAUGACCUGGCGCCCACUGACCUGCACCACCACCAAGACCUCGAGAUCAUUGUUAUUUUGGAAGGUGUGGUGGAGACCACAGGCAUCACCACCCAGGCCCGCACCUCCUACUUGGCCGACGAGAUCCUCUGGGGCCAGCGCUUUGUACCCAUCGUGGCCGAGGAGGAUGGCCGCUACUCCGUGGACUAUUCCAAAUUUGGCAACACCAUCAAAGUGCCCACGCCGCUCUGCACGGCCCGCCAGCUUGAUGAGGACCGCAGUCUGCUGGACGCCCUGACCCUCGCCUCCUCCCGUGGCCCCCUGCGCAAGCGCAGCGUGGCUGUGGCCAAGACCAAACCCAAGUUCAGCAUCUCUCCGGAUUCCCUGUCCUGAGCCCUGGUCGCUCAGGCCCCCACACUGCUUGUGUGCACAGAGGCCGUGUGUAUGGUAUGUAGGGUGGGCGUGGUGUGGGCCCCUUGCCAGGCCAGGUCCUGGUGUGAGGCUGGGCUCUCUUCAGCUCAGCCUCCCCCCUGCCGUUAGCCCAUGGUGUUACAAGGCACUUGUCACUACUCUAUUUCUGGCCUCAGAGGAAGCCUGUGCUGGGUUAUUUUUGUCUCUGCUCCUCCCCAGCUCGGGACUGGCUCACCCCACCACCACCCCUGUCCCCAGACUGGGGAAGCUGUGGGAAGUGUUGGACCCUAAAGUUGGGUCUCCCGCCAGUUCUGCCUCCCCAUGAUCAACUGACUGCAGGCCUGGGCAGGGGAGGAACAGUCCCCGGAUUGGCAACCUACUGCUCUGUUUUGGUGACCCCAAGAGACGACCAGCCACUCUUGGUCCCUGAAGAAUAGAUGGCCUAAUGGGUGGGCCCUGCCAGCUGGGGAGAGCAAUCAAUGAAGGAGUGUAUUCCAGCUGGAGAAUUAGAGGUGUGGAACCGACACAGACAGGGAAGGCUGAGACUGAUCAGACUCCCCUCCCUGAGGCCGACCCAGAUCAGGAGGAAGUGGUGUGAGGACACGCAGCUCUGCUGAACCUUGGUCAGGCACAGGAAAGAGGAGAUGGGCCCCUGUGCCCCUGCCCUGUGCCCUGACAGCAAGGCUUCUCUGGGGAGGGGCUGCUGAGCCUGCCUGCUCCCAUUCUGUCUC